AUGGCUAAAUGUACCAAGAAGGUUAGAAUUGUUGGUAAAUAUGGAACACGUUAUGGUGCAUCCCUCAGAAAAAUGGUGAAGAAAAUUGAAAUUAGCCAGCAUGCCAAGUAUACCUGCUCCUUCCGUGGCAAGACCAAAAUGAAGGGAUGGACUGUAGGUAUCUGGAAUUGUGGAUCCUGUAUGAAGACAGUAGCUGGUGGUGCAUGGUCCUACAAUACCUCCUCUGCAGUCACAGUCAAAUCUGCCAUCAGAAGACUGAAGUAA